UUGGACCCGCGAGGGCAAUCAAUGCGCGCACACAGGACACACUGAACCAACCAAGAUCUGUCCAAGUUGUGUUUGUGGGAAAGCCAGUGGGAUUAUUCUCAACUACCACCAUGGAAAUUGUAUUCUGAAUAAAGAAUUUGUGAAAGUCAAUCGUAUACACUGAGAGAGAGAGAGAGAGAGAGAGAGAGAGAGAGCUGAAAAUGAAGUCCCUUCAGCUGAAAUAAAUAAGUUGGAUAUUCAGAGAGAUAGGAUGGGCCAAUGGUAGAUGUUUACUGAAAGGUAGAUUAUUUGAAUAUGGGCAUCACGUAUUCACGUUCAACUGCCAGAGAGUCUCCUCUUCUUAUGGCUCUCCAUUUAUUCCUGGAAGUCAGUCCCGUACUAUUGGUGCUUUAGACUAUCCUGCGAGAGAGAGAGAGAGAGAGAGAGAGAGAUGUUAUAGAAGAACAUCUGCUUUUUUUUCUUUUUUUUUUCUCUGUUUGCUGAGAUGGCCCGCGUUCUUGCCAGUACCCUCCUGUUUUGUAGCUUGCUGCUGCUUUUUGAUCCUUCCUUUUCCAAACCUUUAUGCAUAGAUUCAAUGGCACCGUUGACCCUGAACACCACACUGAAGUUUUGUCCUUACAAUGGGAGCACCUGCUGCAACUCAACAGAAGAUUUACAAUUACAGAAGCAAUUCCAAGCAAUGAACAUCUCUGAUCCUAGUUGUGCUUCUAUUAUGACAUCAAUACUUUGCGCGAGAUGCGAUCCAUUUUCGGCUGAGCUUUUUACAGUUGAUUCUACACCCCGGCCAGUUCCUGUACUUUGCAACUCCACUGUUUCAGCAAAUUCUUCCCAAUCUAGGCAAGCAGCGAAUAACUUCUGCUCCAGUGUGUGGGAUACAUGCCAAAACGUAUCUUUCUUGAAUUCUCCCUUUGCCCCUUCACUAAAAGGUCAAGCUGGAUUACCAAACAAUUCCAAUGUUAGCAAACUGACUGAAUACUGGCAGUCAAAAACUGAUUUCUGCAAUGCAUUUGGUGGAGCGUCCAUGGAUGGAUCAGUGUGUUUUGAUGGCCAACCUGUUACGCUAAAUAACACUGGAACUCCUAGCCCCCCACAUGGCUUGUGCCUUGAGAAAAUAGGUAAUGGAUCUUACCUUACCAUGGUUCCUCAUCCCGAUGGGUCAAACCGUGCAUUUUUUGCUAACCAACAAGGACAGAUUUGGUUGGCAACUAUUCCUGAUCAGGGAGUGGGAGGCAUAUUGCACCUUGAUGAAUCCAAUCCCUUUGUAGACCUAACUGAUGAAGUAUAUUUGGAUACUCAAUUUGGAUUGAUGGGUAUAGCAUUUCAUCCAAACUUUGCACAAAAUGGGCGAUUCUUUGCUUCCUUCAAUUGUGAUAAGGUUAAGUGGCCAGGAUGUACAGGAAGAUGUUCAUGUAACUCAGACGUUAAUUGUGAUCCUUCAAAGCUAGGAUCUGACAAUGGUGCCCAGCCAUGCCAAUACCAAAGUGUUAUUGCAGAGUAUUCUGCUAAUGGUACCUCAUCCCAGCCUUCUUUGGCAACAAGUGCCAAACCAACAGAAGUGAGGAGGAUAUUUACAAUGGGCCUUCCAUUUACAUCUCAUCAUGGAGGGCAGAUACUCUUUGGACCUGCAGAUGGGUAUUUAUACUUCAUGAUGGGAGAUGGUGGUGGUACAGGUGAUCCUUACAAUUUUGCCCAAAACAAGAAAUCAUUGCUUGGGAAGAUUAUGAGGCUUGAUGUAAAUAACUUACCAAGUGCAGAUGAAAUUAAUCAACUUGGUCUUUGGGGAAACUAUUCUAUCCCCAACGAUAAUCCUUAUAAGGAAGAUACUCAAUUGCAGCCUGAAAUAUGGGCUUAUGGAUUAAGAAAUCCUUGGCGCUGUAGUUUUGAUUCAGAAAGGCCUUCCUACUUCAUGUGUGGAGAUACUGGGCAGGAUCUUUACGAAGAGGUUGAUAUGAUCACCAAGGAUGGAAACUAUGGCUGGCGAGUUUAUGAGGGCCCCCUUCUUUACACUCCUCCAGAUUCACCUGGCGGAAAUACACCUCCGAGUUCCAUAAACCCAAUAUUUCCGGUAAUGGGAUAUUCCCACUCUGAUGUAAGUAAGGAAGGAUCAGCAUCAAUCACAGGGGGCUAUUUCUAUCGGUCUAUGACUGAUCCUUGCAUGUAUGGAAGGUACUUGUACGCAGAUUUGUAUGCAACUUCCCUAUGGGCUGGCACAGAGAAUCCAGUAGACAGUGGGAACUUUACCAGUAGUGUAAUUCCUUUCAGCUGUGCAGGUGACUCUCCUCUAAAAUGUAGCUCUGUACCAGGAAGUUCUCUUCCAGCUUUGGGUUAUAUUUUCUCCUUCGGGGAGGACAACCGCAAGGAUGUUUUUGUCCUUGCCAGCAGUGGUGUGUACAGAGUUGUUCGUUCUAGUCGCUGUAACUACACUUGCUCAAAGGAAAAGUUCACUCCUGUUGGAAGCCCAGGUCCUUCUCCCACUACAUCUGGUGCAAGCCAGUUGACUGACCCGUUUAACAAUUUUGUUCUCCUAUUCUCUUCCUUGUUGCUUUUGCUGGGUUUUGUGCUGUAGAUUGGAUCCUCUGCGCGCAUGUCAUGUAGACAGUACAGAGAGGGUGUUUUGUUGUAAUGGUGUGAGACUGUUGUUUUACAGAACUUUCCCUUUUUCUCUUUAGUCUACCAAGACUAAUAAAGUGAAUUUAAGUAGCAUUUAGAUGA